UCAGAGCGUUUUAUAGCUGAAAUUCACUGUACUGUAGUCGGGUCUUUGCAGGUGUAUGGCAGUGUGCCUUUUGCGGGACCUGAAAAACGAACACUUCACAACGCAGCCUGGCGUUUCUUUUUAUUGAUUAUGUGGAUUGUCCGAAUUGAUGGUUGACGGAGUUCCUGAUUUUACGUGUCGUGUCGGCGGCAUCUGCAGUGUGGCCACCGAAGGAGGGAAAAAAAAAACCUCGCUGAUCCCUUGAUCUUGUUUGUCUGCACCAUCUCUGGUUGCGAAUGGGCUGCGCUUUGUGAUUAUCUCUAGUCACUUUAGAGUCAUUACUGGAAGAAGAUGGCGGACAGGGCUGAGAUGUUUUCCCUCUCUACUUUCCACUCCCUCUCUCCUCCGGGUUGCAGGUCCUCCCAUGACAUCAGCCUGGAGGAGUUUGACGACGAGGAUCUGUCGGAGAUCACCGACGACUGCGGGAUCGGUCUCAACUAUGAGUCGGACCCUUACGAGAAGGACUGUCUGAUUCUGGAGAAGAACGAUGUCCACCACGCAAUCUGCUCCUUCCAGGACGACUUCCAGGAGUUUGAAAUGAUCGACGAUGACGACGACGAAGAGGAGGACGAGGAAGAAGACGGGGAGGAGCGGGAGGGUGGGGUGGACCCCGAAGGACCUCCCUCCCCAUCGGCCUCUCCGCCCCCCUCGCCAAAUUUGGGAACGCUGCAGAAGAACCGUCCCACAACCCUGAACCUCAGCAACGCGGUCUCCCAGGAUUCCUUGAAUAACAACGGCAGUUUCUCUCCACGGAAAGCCAGUUGGCAGGACUCUCUGCGCAACUCCACCUCGCAUGGACGUUCGUCUCCGACCCAUUCUUGUCUUGAGGAUAGCACCCAUUCCAAUGGGCAAUGUACAGUCACGGGUUCUCCCCAAACACAUCCCGAGGACACUGGGCACAAGCCCCUCCUGUACGACUUUGAGGGCAACAGAAGGGAAAUGCCGGAAUGCUAUCUCUCUUCGACGGGGUCUUUCGGUCAACAGAAAAGGCCCUGCAGCCCGGAUGCCGGACUCGCGCCCGGCGCUGAGGCCGGCAGCCCGGGUGCAGCCACCCAGACCGCCGACGAGGUGUCGCAGUGCUCCGAUACGGAGGUUGACCAUGACCUGAACAGUGACUAUGCCAAAAGGUGCCGGUCUAGACAGGCUAACGACACGUACACCGUCACCACGGAUUCGGCCCUUGACCCCGAGCUGGAGAACGACGUCACGUUGGACGGCACCAGCAGGUGCCUCACCUCCACGGCGCCGGCAGACGGCGACGCCGAGACCCCGCUGUCGGACGAGGAGCUGGACAAAGAGUUCGAGAUAGACGUCAUGAGCAAAGAGAGCUACGACCUGGCUUACAACGAGAGGUCGUCCUACGUCGAGUUCCCACCCAUCGAGCCACCCGAGCGGGCCUCUUUCUCCAGGUAUACCACCUCUUCGUCCUCCUCGGACCAGUCCGAAUUGGACAUGGACGGUGCCCGCAACAGACACCGUUCGAUCAUGCAGGGUCGCCCGCCUGCCGCGACCUCCAGCGACUCGAACUCCCCGACCUCCGACCCCGGCAUCGGCGACAUGGGCAGCAGGGACGGCGAACGGCCGUACACGGAGUCGUACCCCAACAGCGAUGAGCUCAGCUCCCCGAGCUCAGACUCGGACUCUGACGUCGAGGAGGAGCUGGAGGCCGCCUUCGUCUGCGGCGGCCCUCUGGCCGGUCACAUGAUCUCGUCCAUCUCCGAGACCGAGCUGGAUCUCACCAGCGACGACAGCACCAGCGACAGCAGCUCGUCCCGCCUCACCGACUCCAUCGACGAGGCCAGCUCCCCGACGUCCGACCAGGACCUGGAGCCUGAGCUGGAGCAGAACGGAGGGAUAGUUGCGGUCCAACUGGACCCUGUGGAGGAUGAGGUUCCGUCCCCAGCCUCACCGGAGCGGCUCGACGACGGGCUGUCGCCGAUGAGCGUUGAAGGCGGGGCGCUUGAGGAGCACGCGGCGGACCCCGACGAGACGCUGCCCCCCUCCGAACUCUGUGAGGACGGGCUCCACAGACCGCUGGUCCUGAAGAUCGAGCCUGACCACAGCCUGGAGAUCUUCCAGAGGUCCUUCUACCUGCCCGUGGGACCCAGGCUCAUGUCGGCCCCGGACGACUGCGACGACAGCAACAGCGAGGGCGACUCGGAGUCGGAGUCGGAAGACGAGCUCAGCGAGAACUCGGACUCCCCCUGGCUCCUCAGCAACCUGGUCAACAAGAUGAUCUCGGAGGGCUCGACACCCAUCAGCUGCCCCGAAGACUGCUUCAAGAGGUCGGCUUCCAUCUCCCCAUCCUCAGACCUGGAGAUGCGUGCUCGCAACGACCCGUUAGAUGGCCAGCUGCAAUCUGCCAAGACAAAGGACGACCUGCAGGUCAGGAUCUCGGAGGAGACCGGCACAGACCCAAACCUGAGACCGGGAGCUGAUGGCCGAGAGGUCCCUGUACCCAAAGACAAGAUGAGGAACGAAGCGGACUCAGGGAAGAGCAGCCAGCUAUCCAGCCUCUUUCUCAGCAACCCCACCAAUGACACCAUCACACCUGUAUUCAUGGGCCAGUAUAGCGCUAGCACGGCGAGCCGAGCCGCAUCUCAAGCCCCAGACCUCGAGGCGGCUCACCCCGACGUUUCCAAAACCUCUGCGGCUCGCGCGCUAACCGAACAACCGAGAGGAGGCGACGCGGAGCCUGGCGACGGCAGCCGGGCUGGGGCAGAGGGGCCCGGGGCCCUGUGUCCCGGAGAGGGCGUGGGCCAGAUGGGGAAUGGCGGGAGCGAGCGGCAGGGGAACGCCAGCGCGCUGGGGCACGUGACCGAGGCGGAGGACGUCCCGUCCCCGACCGACUCCGGCGAGGACGAAGAGGAGCCGGCCUCUUUCUGCGACGACUACCUGGACAGCUCCCCGCCGAUCGACGAGAGCGUCCCCCCGCCGCCCCGGCCGCGGCACCUGGACGAGUCGCUGGCCUACGACUCGGUCAAGUACACGCUGGUGGUGGACGAGCACACCACGCUGGAGCUGGUGAGUCUGAAGCGCUGCACGUCCGUCCUGAGCGAGGACAGCGAGAACUCGGCGAUCGGCGACUACGACGACGACGACGAGGAGGACGACGAGGACGAAGACGGCGCGCCCGAGACCGACCGGCCGUUCGGGUGGGGCGGGGUGCGGCCGGAGGAGGAGCCCCUCGGCUCGUCGGAGGACUCCUCCCCCGAGGCCGACGCCCACUUCUCCAAGAAGUUCCUCAACGUCUUCGUCAACAGCGCCUCUCGCUCGUCCAGUACGGAUUCGUUCGGCCUUUUCUCCUGCACCGUGGAGGGAGAGGAGAGAGAGCAGACGCACAGGGCGGUGUUCAGGUUUAUCCCGCGCCACGCGGACGAGCUGGAACUGGACGUGGACGACCCCCUGUUCGUGGAGGAGGAGGAAGAUGACUACUGGUACAGGGGCUACAACAUGCGCACAGGAGAGAGGGGCAUCUUCCCCGCGUACUACGCCCAGGAGGUCGUAGGUCAGGCCAGGGAGACGAUCGGGAUGAAGAGGAACACCGCCUGGAUGGAGAGCUUCAGUGUUCAGUUUCUCGGCUCCGUGGAAGUGCCCUAUCACCAAGGCAACGGGAUCCUUUGUGCCGCUAUGCAGAAGAUCGCGGUGUCGCGGAAGCUGACGGUGCACCUGCGUCCGGCGGCGCUGUGCGAGCUGGAGGUGCGUCCGAGCGGCGUGAAGCUGGUCAUGAGCCUGGAGGACCAGUUCAGCACCGCCGACGAGUUUGACAGGUGCAGUCACUUCUUCCAGAUGAAGAACAUCUCCUUCUGCGGAUGCCACCCCAAGAACAGCUGCUACUUCGGGUUCAUCACCAAGCACCCGACGCUGAACCGGUUCGCCUGCCACGUCUUCGUAUCCCAGGAUUCCAUGCGGCGCGUGGCGGAGUGCGUGGGACGGGCUUUCCAAGAGUACUAUCAGGAGCACCUGGACUACGCCUGCCCCACGGAGGACAUCUACCUGGAGUAGGGGGGGGGCCGUUUCCUGGUGCGAGCGCGUACGUUCUUCCCGCACUCCCCCCCCCCCCUCCCCCGCCGGGGAAGUGGAGCGGCUGUCCUCUCCUGUACCAUACCUUCUUUCUGAGCCGAGUCUCUCUCUCCGUCCGGGACCUCUCCACCGUUCCCCCCCCUCUCCUCGGAGGGACUCGCCUGUUCCUUCGACUUCUUUUCUACAACGCGGAGAGAGGCGUGACUGUGGGUGACAGCAGCUGGUUUUUUUUUGGGUUUGGUUUUUUUUUUGGUUUUUUUUGAGGAAUUCGAUUCUCUUCGUUUUAAAACGUGGAAGAGAGUUUCGCCGACGUAUGUUUGACGCCCGUGCAUGGCUAUAAGGGUAACGCGCAAGCACACGCACACGCUCGCACGCACACACGUCGUACACACACACACACACACACACACACACACGGGGAACAUAAUAGAAAAAAACAAAGAUGUGCUGAUUCAUAAGGACUGGGUUUGGAAUAGGCUUUGUAUAUUUAAUGGAUUUACUGGAGUGUGUACAGAUGAAUUUGCCAAGAAAAAUGCGCGUGUUAUUUCUACCAAAAUCAACAUCCGGAUGAAGUGGAAUACCUGUCCAACUGUCUCAAUCCUAAUGACUGGAGGACCCCGGGAAUCCUGGUAAUAGGGCGGGGAUCCUGGGAAUGUUGCAGGAUCCUGGGAAUGGGGUGCUCUCCAGUCAUCCAAAUGUAAACGCUGUGCAUGUACAAGCAGAGCAAAACAGAGACAGCUCACACGGUAACAAAAGUACCAUCCAAAGUGCUUAUGGCAAAGCACUGGGUACAAUGGAUGAUGGCUGUCAGUCUACCUGCGCUUCAUGCAAGAGAAAGAAGCAGCGCGGGUCCAGCAGUCAAACAGGUGAAUACACACCUGUAACAGUCGCUAUCGGUGAUAAAACAGCUAGCACUUGUCGAUCCGGAGUUGGGCUAUAGCAGCGCGAUAAUAUCUCUGAAGAGCUCUCUGGACAGUACUGUUGAAGUAGGACACGGCCUUGGAACUGGGGGGUGUCUGUAUUGACACCCCCUCUGGACGUAAAGUCUUGGCGCUCUCCUGUUAUUAAAAAACAUGUUUGUUUUUUUUAAUGGCAUAACCAUUACUCAGACUUGUGUUUUACAGAAUCUCAUUUCCGGAAAAUUCCGCCAAAUGCUCCCGGUUGAACUCUUGUUCAGUCAGUAGCCACAAUACCUGCACAGUUGCGUGUCAUAAGAACACGCGAAGAAGAGUGAAAUCAUGUCGAGAACUGUGUGAUUAACCUCCCUUCCAUUUCUUAUGACAUCACUUCCUCCAGGCCAUUGAAGCUCUUUUUGUGUUUUGGCCCAGGUGUGUUGUGGGACGUCCCUGUCGUUCUUCUGCUGUUUUUGUACAGAGAGGUGUGCAUUUUUAGGAGACACGACUUCAUCUUUGUCAGUACGUGGCUUCAGUGUAGAUUCUGUACUGCAUGUUAUAGUGUGGGGGGAAGGAAUUACGAAGAGACUUAUUAAUUAUUCUGUCCGUAGUGAGGCCACUCCUCUGUUUACUUCCCCAAAGAAAUACUCCAUGCUCUUUUAAUAGAGCAAUAUCAAUAUCUGUAGCUGUGUUAGCCGCCUGGGAGAAAAGAUCGGUCGUCUCUUUGAAAAGCCCCGAGUUGUGAUUGAGGCUAAAUGAAGAGAGAGGGAGAGCGUGAGAGAGAGAGAGAGAGAGAGAGAGAGAGAGAGAGAGAGAGAGAGAGAGAGAGAGAGAGAGUGAGAGAGAGAGAGAGAGAGAGAGAGAGAGAGAGUGAGAACUUGACCCACUGACCACACCCAGGUUGCCAUGCCAUUCGGAACAGUCCCCGACAGUUACUCCUGCGCCCAGCAGGGGUCAGUGUUGCGUAUCCCUCAAAAACGACAAGGCGACAGAACUACAGCGACAAAGGGGGGAAAAAGGUACUUUGAAGAGAGCAAUUGUUUUAUCUCUCUGAGUUGCAUUUUACAUAACUGUGUACAUAUACUUCACUGAAAUAAGACUCAUACAGAUACACAUGAACAGUUUCCUAUGUAUAAAAAGGGCCGGUUUGACAUUUGAAUAUAUUGGAAAUGGAAUAGUAGUUUAGAAUUUCUCUUGUUGAAAUGAGAGCAGAUAGAUUCUCCAUUUAUGUAAAAACUCAAGGUCCAGAUUUCAGGGACACGUCCUUAAUGUGUAAACGUGAAUCGUUGGUGUGCUGAAAUUGUAAGAAAAAAACGAAAAAAAAACUAAAAGUUCGUUGAUGUGUUGAGAGAGGGAUAAUUCCCUUAUACGGUAACGUUCAGUCCAAAGACACGCAGGUUCGGGACGACAGAUGGAAAUUAGCUAAUUUGCUAACUCUGGCGCAUUGAAACUGAAAAUGUUUAUGAAUGUGCACUGUCCCUGAUAAAUAAACAUAAAUAAUAAGAAUUGCAGGGUAGAAGAGCUCAGCGGAGGAAGUCAUAGACUUUGUUUACAUUACGUCACAAGAGUUUAUCUUUCCAACUCUCUUUACACAGCAUCACUGAUGCAUGUGGUAAUCUCCCGGGAUGUGGCAAAUUAAAUUAAAUUGCAGUCGACGACGUGCAUAUACGAUAUUCUCUAUUAAUAUUAAUAUGUGUUAAUUGUAAUAUUCGUAUGUUGUGUGUCAGGGAUCAAAGAGAAGACACUGAAACAUAAGCGAAGAGUCGGAAGAACAUUGUGGAAACGAAGAAUACAACCCAAUGCCAUGUAUUUGCGAUUUUAGUUUUAUAGUGUGCAGUACUGUGAAGUGACAGCGUUCUCUUUUCAGGAACACUUAUGGCCAGUCAUAAUACAGGAAACAAACUGCAUUCUAUCGAAUUAUUGACAGUGUUCCCACUUUUUUAUUUAUUUAAUAAAAAUAUGUUUUUUUUUUUUACAUGUGCUGCUGGCUAUGCAUAUUAGCAAGUGGUUAAUUGGCUCUCCCUCUAUAUCCCAGUGGCUAAAUACAUAAUGGUGGAUUAUACAGUAUAUUUUAUUAUAUCUGGACCCGAGGUUCCCACCACAGCUCUUUCAGAUGGCAGAAUAUUUAACACAAAAAGAGCGUGUCGGAAAAAAAUGCAAGAAUCUGCACCACCAUUGCUCAAAAGGUUUUGAUGGAAUUUCCAUGGUAACCAGUAGUUAUGCAUGGAAGUUGAUUUGUGAACGGAAUAUUAAUGUUGGGGUUUGGGGGGAGGGGAUUGGUAAAGUGAUGGUGGCCAGAAGAAAACUAUUUCUUGUUCUAAGUUAGAUCAUUGUAACCGAAAGUCUUCAUGCUUCAGCCGGGUCGUUUAUGCUCGGUAUGUUAUUGAAAUUCAGAUGUAAAAAUACAACUUAACGAACAGUCAUCGCGAAAAUCUAAUGAGAGGAUGUAUGUAUUUAUUUAUUCAUUUAUUUAUUUAUUGACUUACAUUUUCUGGAAUUUUAUUUUAUGUCUCGCUUGUUUCUUGUCCAUCUUUUCUCGGCGGGAUUCGUGAAACUGGGGGGUGUCUGCCGCUCCAGCAGAGGUCGCUGUCGGCGUGGCGAUAUCGAUAUUACGCUGUCACCGCGGGCGCAAAUGUAACACUUUGAGCUUUCGGGCGUGUCAAACGCUGCAGUAGACAGCUACAAUAGAGCGGCGUAGAAACGGUCGUGUUUCAAACGGGAGGUGUACAGACUUACCUUUCAUAAAGAAACGUAUUGCAUCUUGCCAGUAUAUUCUGUAUAAAAAAAUAAAAUGUAUCUCUUUGCUUUGUACUCCUGCAAACAUGCACCCAGCCUCUCUUUUUGAUGCAAGAGAGGUUUUCAGCAAUCCCCGGUCUUGACACGGCUACUUCUAACCCCCGUCUUUUCCAGUAGGAAAACGGCCUCCUGUCAAUUCUCAAUAGCCCGUAUUAUCAAUGAAGUGUAACUUUGAACACAUCAGUGUGUGAUCAACUAUCUUAUCUUUAUCUUUAAAAUAAGGACUUGUUAAAAAAAACAAAACAAAAACAAAAAAAAGUAUUCACACUGCCUUGUCAUGGAUCUGGUCUUAUGAAUAAAAUAUAUGCUUGAUGUGA